UACUCGUCCGUCUGUGCAGUCCUUCUUUUCCCGUCGACUACACACCAAGUAGCGGACCAUAAAUUUAUUCACAUAUUUGGCAGGACAUACCGAAGUUGGCUGGCACAAUGUCGCCCCGGGCUUUGGUGUCACCCAGCAGUACCGGAGGCGCCACUCCACCGCAAAGAACGCCGGAUUUCGUGACGUCACCACUUCAGUUGGAAGGCGGAUUUCCGGCCAGCUCCACGGGCUUCACGGCGCAAAGCCCCAGUUCGUCCCAGUGGGACUCGUCGCACCCCAGUGGCUGGAGCCCCGGGGGAACCACGCAGCCAGCAACCACAACUUCGCUGCUUAGCUCACCAUCGUCGCCCACUGACUAUGGCGUUACCGCCGGCUGUGCUACCAGUGCCAGAGAUUCCGAAAAGACAAAGGCCAGGCCGCACCUGAGUCUGAUGUGGCUUUCGGAUGGCGCCUGGUCUGUCGCUGUAGCAGCGGCCUCGGUGGCGCUGCUGGCGAUGGUGUUCCUGUAUGCGGCUUGGAUACUGAACGGGGCCCGUACCGUCCGCAAGGAGCAGCGCUUCUCAAUGACGGUGUGCAGCAGCGAUGACUGCAAUGUGCACGCCAUCAGUCUCAUGGACGCCAUCGACAGGUCGGUGCAACCGUGCGACGACUUCGAAGGGUUCGCCUGUGGCCGCCGCGAGCCUCUGCCAGCGCUACGCAGCUUCCACACGCGACUGAAGCGCCACUGGCACGUGGUGGACGCGAACCUCAUGCUCACCAGGGGACGCAACCAGCCGCCGCGCUUCGCAGCGUCGCGCAAGGCGACCGCCAUGUUGCGAGCCUGUCUCUGGCAAGGCUCCCUCCGUGAACGGCGACAGGGAAGGCAGAUAAACUCUGGUUUUCAAGCCAACCUUUUGGUAGACUUGCCAUUCGAGGUUCUGUGA